AGGGACCCCAGUUACAAGCGGAAGAGGAGAUUUUUGCUAAAAAAAAAAAAAAAAUACCAGCGGUUUGUUCGCUGUUUACAGUGUGUUAUCGUUUACUGACUUUAAAAAAGGUUAAAAGUUAAAAUGUGCAAUGGCUGCGUACAAAAAGAAUACCCGGACCGGGGGAACACCUGUCUGGAGAACGGCUCCUACCUGAUGAAUUACCUGGGCUGUGCCAGCUGCCAUCAGAGGGACUUUGUGCUGAUCAGUAAUAAAGCCACAGAAGACGAUGAUGGAGAAGAGAUCGUCACAUAUGACCAUGUUUGUAAAAACUGUGACCAUGUCAUCGCCAGACAUGAAUAUACUUUCUCUGUUGUUGAUGAAUAUCAGGAGUACACGAUGCUCUGCAUGCUGUGUGGAAAGGCAGAGGACUCAAUCAGUGUGUUACCAGAUGACCCCAGACAGUCUGCGCCUCUCUUCUAGACCUGAAAAGACACCAGACCUGCAGUUCAUCGCUCACUUUUUAGAUCCACUAACACCAACAUAGACGUGCUGCUGGCUCCUCGCCUCAGGGUUCUAAUCAUUUUUAUUAUCCAUUCAAAAUUUUAUGCAUAUUGCUCAUUAGGUUCUUGGCUGUUUAUGAACUACUGUAUUCUUAUGCAGUUUAGCAGAAAAUAUCACUUUUUUACGACAAAUACAAUCGGUAUGUCAGCUAUGAACUGUAAAUAAACAUUUUUUUCACCA